UCUCACGAGGUAGGGUAGUAUAACGCGUCACCGGUGCGCUGCUGCAGUGGGAGGGAGAAACGUCGUUGUAGCUGCCGGGCCUGUGACAGAGCACCGGGACCAUCCUCCGGCAGGUCAUCGAUCGGCGACCCUCAGCGUGUGACGUCACCUCCUGCCCCAGAGCUGCGUGCAUAUCCUGUAAAUCCAUAUUUAAGGAAUAAACAUGGAUUUUUCCAAAUUACCAAAGAUCAGGGAUGAAGAUCGGGAGAGCACGUUCGGUUACGUGCAUGGCGUCUCCGGGCCUGUGGUGACAGCGUCCAACAUGGCGGGGGCUGCCAUGUACGAGCUGGUGCGGGUAGGACAUUCCGAGCUGGUCGGGGAGAUCAUUCGUCUGGAAGGAGAUAUGGCCACAAUCCAAGUCUAUGAAGAGACCUCUGGAGUAUCGGUUGGAGACCCCGUCCUACGCACUGGGAAGCCCCUCUCUGUGGAGCUGGGUCCUGGCAUCAUGGGAUCCAUUUUUGAUGGUAUCCAGAGACCUCUGAAGGACAUUAGUGACUCCACACAAAGUAUUUAUAUCCCCAGGGGUGUAAACGUGUCCGCCCUGAGCGGAGACAUCAAGUGGGAGUUCACCCCUUCUAAGAGUCUUCGGGUCGGCAGUCACAUCACAGGAGGAGAUAUUUAUGGAAGCGUAUUUGAGAAUUCCCUCAUCAAGCACAAGAUUAUGCUCCCUCCUCGCAACCGGGGUACGGUCACCUACCUGGCGCCGCCCGGCCACUACGACACCUCGGACGUGGUGCUGGAGCUGGAGUUUGAGGGCGUGAAGGAGAAGUUCACAAUGGUCCAAGUGUGGCCUGUAAGAACGGUCCGCCCCGUGACUGAGAAGCUGCCCGCCAAUCACCCGCUGCUGACCGGCCAGAGAGUGCUGGACGCUCUGUUCCCGUGUGUACAAGGUGGGACCACCGCCAUCCCAGGGGCUUUUGGUUGCGGUAAGACUGUGAUCUCACAGUCCUUAUCUAAGUACUCAAACAGUGAUGUCAUCAUCUACGUUGGAUGUGGAGAAAGAGGAAACGAGAUGUCUGAAGUACUGAGGGACUUUCCUGAGCUGACUAUGGAGGUGGACGGUAAAGUGGAGAGUAUCAUGAAGAGAACCUCUCUGGUCGCCAACACAUCCAACAUGCCCGUGGCUGCCAGAGAAGCCUCCAUCUACACUGGAAUCACGCUGUCGGAGUAUUUCAGAGACAUGGGCUAUCACGUCAGCAUGAUGGCCGACUCCACCUCUCGAUGGGCCGAGGCACUCAGAGAAAUCUCCGGACGUUUGGCAGAAAUGCCCGCUGACAGCGGGUACCCCGCCUACCUGGGCGCUCGAUUGGCCUCUUUCUAUGAGCGAGCCGGACGGGUGAAGUGUCUGGGAAACCCCGAGAGGGAAGGCAGCGUCAGCAUUGUGGGGGCUGUGUCACCUCCCGGCGGAGACUUCUCAGAUCCCGUCACCUCCGCCACCCUGGGUAUCGUACAGGUCUUCUGGGGUUUGGAUAAGAAGCUGGCCCAGAGGAAGCACUUCCCCUCCGUGAACUGGCUGAUCAGCUACAGUAAGUACACGAGGGCGCUGGACGAAUAUUAUGACAAGCACUUCCCCGAGUUUGUGCCGCUCAGGACCAAAUCCAAGGAGAUUCUGCAGGAAGAGGAGGACCUGGCGGAGAUCGUGCAGCUGGUCGGGAAGGCUUCGCUGGCAGAAACCGAUAAGAUCACUCUGGAGGUGGCCAAACUGAUUAAGGAUGAUUUCCUCCAGCAGAACGGCUACACCCCAUAUGACAGGUUCUGUCCUUUCUACAAGACGGUCGGCAUGCUCAACAACAUGAUCGCUUUCUAUGACAUGGCCCGCCGCGCCGUGGAGACCACCGCCCAGAGCGACAACAAGAUCACGUGGUCCAUAAUUAGGGAACACAUGGGAGAGAUCCUGUAUAGACUGACCUCCAUGAAAUUCAAGGAUCCAGUGAAAGAAGGAGAAGCCAAGAUCAAGGGCGACUACGCCCAGCUGCUGGAGGACAUGCAGAACGCCUUCCGCAGUCUAGAAGACUAAGAGCCAUAGGGGGCGUGGACCACCCAUCAUCUCAGACCUCCAGCUGCUGCAUCAAGACUGGGGCUCCCCUCUAGACACCUGUCCACCCUCCUGUGCUGUAGUCCCCCCUCAUGGAUAGCGUCCAUUCCAGUGUUUUAUUGGUGGCAUGUGUGUAGGUUCUCCUGUGGUUGGUGAAUGUCUGUGGAGCAGAUGUCGGGGGAGGAGGGAGAUGCUGCUGCAGUUGCUGCCCCUUUAUGUACCUUGUCUUAACCUGGCAGCUAAUUUUCAGUCUCCAAAACCAGUAAUGCCAAGCAGGGCCUUCCUCUACUCCAGAAAUCUGCAACCUGGGCAUUCCAGCGGCUGCGGGACUACAACUCCUAGCAUGCCCUGACAGCUGCUGGUUCUCGAUGCAUGCUAGGAGUUUUAGUUUUGCAGUAGAUGAAGAGCCUCAAGCUGCACUCCACCACUCCAAACAUUCCAGCAUCGCCAGGGACUUUGCUCGCCAGAACUUGGCUACCUGCUGGGACUUGUAGUUCCUCCGCUGGUAUCCUGCUUCUGCCGUGUGUGUCAAUAUGAUGUACAGUAAUCUGAGCCAGCCUCUGGGUAUACAGAUAUUUUGGAUUUCAGCGAUGUUCCUGUGUCCUCCUGUAAAGCUGCACCUUUUAGCGUUAAUGUCCUGAGCGAGAGAAUCGCUUAAAUGGCUGCAUUCAUAUGGGUAUUGCUCCCGGAGCAGCAUUCCCAUUGGCUACGGGCCCGCUAUGGCAGUCAGCAGCUGCAUAAAAACAUAUUAAGGAAUUGCCCUUUCAGCCAUUCCCUAACAUGGUGUUGCAACCUCUGGCACUUCAACUGGUGCAAAACUACAACUCCCAGCAUGCAUUCACUUCCUUAGCUGUUCUCAGAACUCCCAAAGAAACCAAUGGUGCAUGGUGGGAGUUGUAGUAUCAGCUCAUGUCCCAGAGUUUGGGGCUCUAAAGCAGGGAUGCUCAACCUGCGUCCCUCCAACUGUUGUAAAACUGCAACCUCCACCAUGCCCUGAUGUAGGCUGUCCGGCAUGCUGGGAGUUGUAGUUUUGCAACAGCUUGAGGGCCACAACUGCUCUAAAAUGAAGCUUGUAUCGACCUGAUGUUUGUGCGUCCUGUCUACAACCUCGUCACUGUAACCUGCCCCCUCCCCCGCACUGGGCGCUCGCCACUGUGCGGUUACGUAUUUGCUGCAGCCAUGUUUGUCCCCCACCCCCACCUUGCUCCAUGUUUAGACCCCAUAGCUGUGUGCCAGUCCAGGCUUCGGGCUUGCAAUAGAAGGGAUUUGUCAGAGUUUCUAGUUGCUGACAGCCAGCUGAGAUAUCGAAAAAAAAAUGGAGAAACCUGGGCAGAUACCUGCGAGACACUAACGGAAGAGGCUGAAGUUCACUCUUUGUGUAAUGGAAAGUUCUGCAGCUUUCUAAUGGACUUUGGGGGAGGGGAACGUAUUAAGACUGGUGUCUCUGACCUCGCUGGCAUACCAUGCCCCAGAAUUAUUAACGGGCCUCUUUAUAAUUUCGACACAUCCUCUGGGGGUCCAUGCAGAAAAAGAAAUCUACGCCAAAAAGAGGUCGGGGGUCCAUUUCCGGUCGCCAUUUUUACUGAUUAACAUUAUGUCGGGCUCCAGAGGUCCUGCCUCUGAUAUAUAAAGCCACCACUAGAGGGAGCCCAGGAGUGUAAUGCAUACUGCGUGAUUAUUGAGGUCAGUGUACACUCAGUAUGCGGUGGGCUCCCCCUAGUGGUGGCUGCAGACUGAUAGAACUGUUAUCAUAAUGCAGCUCUGACUCCAAUAAGGAUAAGGUCUCGUUCACACACGCAAGAUACCGCAGCUAGAAGUGAGGGCUGGCACCGACAAAUAUAAGGCAAAACUUUUUACCCAGAAUCCUCCUCGGCCUUACGCAGGGCUGAUCUUUGUAAGCUCGUGAGAUGCCCAGCUGGCACACUGCCCAGUAUCUCUGCCCUCCACCUUCUUCUCCUGGAGUAAAUGCUCAUGAAUUCACUGUAUGAAGGCCCCCAGUGUCCACUCAUAUGUCACGUGUCCCCUUAUCAUCCCCCAGACGACCUCCUGCCCCCAUCUUACCCCUAGGGUGGGGGAGGGGGGUGACUGACCCUUGAUGCAAGAUCUGUACGGAUGAUCCAGCCGUGUAUUUAUUGUACCGUUGCUCCCUGCAGGGGGCGCCGCUCCUGGGUAAUAUUUUUUGUGUUUCUGUUGUAUGUGUUGCGCUUGGUUUCAUUGUAUCAGUUUUUGUCUGUUCCUUUCAAGGUGUAAAAGUUUUAGAAGAAGAGAUUUAAAGAGACAGUAACACACUUUGAUCUUAUGACUUGAAAUUUGUGUAAAGUUGUUCAAAUUCUUGAGAAUAAAAUAUAAAUUUAAAUGUAAAA